GCACACAGAGCUCUCUUCCUCGUUUACUACCGCUCUCCCAUGGCCGCCUCCACCUCCCCCUCCCCCUCCUCCACCUCCAAACCCUAGAUCCCCCACCACCUACCACCUCUGCCUCUGCCUCCAACCAUGGCCGACUUGGCGGCGCACCACCACCUCCGCCGCCGCGGCGCCGCGCUGCCCCGCGGCUGGUGCUGUUCCUUCGCCGCCGCCCCGCAGAGCCCCGAGCACCGGGCGCUUUCCGCCGCUUCGGGAGGAGGAGGAGGAGGAGAAAGCGGCGCCCGGAAGCUCCCGCCCAAGUCGCCAUCCGUGCCGUCGUCGUUCCAGAGCUCCCCGUCGUCCAGGCUCGCGGGGCUCAUCGACCCGCGCCGCAUUCUCUCCCCCGGCCGCGUCUCCCCCAUAGACCCCGACGGCUCGCCGGCGGUGGCGGUUGGGGUGACUCUGGAGGAGGACGCGGUGCCGAGGGAGGAGCAGUCGGCGGCGGUACCGUUCGUGGCGGUGCGUGAGGAGCAGGAGGAGGAGGAGGGGAGAGGGCUGGAUCUGAAGCUGUGCCUGCGGGGGAGGGACGGGAGGGGCGUGGUGAUGGAUCUGGACUCCACCGUGCUCUGCGAGAGUAGCGCCUUCUUCGCGGCCAUGGCGCCGCCGCCGGAGGCCACUGUCGGUGGCGGGAGCAAGAGGAUUGAGGUGGAUGGGGUGGAGAACGUGGAGGCGUUCAAGGAGACCGUGGAGCUCAUGUUCGAGCCCGAUCCCAUGCGGUGGUUCGUCAGGGCCGGCGUGUCACGGGCAAUUGGUGUGCUCGAGGUAUCUUCCUCUAUAAUGUUUGAUAGAGGAAUCAAAUCAUGUUUGGAGUAUAUUGAGGCAGUUCCAUGGAAUGAAAGUGAGGAAGAAAGGCUGAAGAACCUCUUUUCUAGAUGUACUUUCGACGAAGCAGUAUCCAAAGAUGUACUGGCCAGAUUAAAACCACAAUGCCAGAGCAGCUCGGACGAUGUGACGGUUCACCUCAUCCAUUCUGUCACCAGCAGUACCAACGCUGGGGCAAGAAAAGAAAUGCAAUCUUUGGUCAAUGGUCUUCUUAGCAAAAGCUCGGUCUAUCAAAAGGACUUGUCUGGGAUAAACAAAAGUAGCCUUUACCAGAUUUGCUGUUCCUGUUUGAACUCACUGCUGGAGCAUUUUAAGGAAGACCUCCAUGCAGAUAAGAUAGUUAGAGAUAGUAAGCCUAUGAUAGAAAGAGUCAGUAAGCAAACUGAGAACCUCAACUGGCUCUUUGAUAUUCUUGUGAACAAUGAUAUGGCAGAAGAAUUUGUUGAGUUGUGGGCUAAGCAGGAAGAUCUCAUCAGAAUGCAUGGGCAAGCAUCAGCAAUGUUCAGGUACGAGCUAAGUCGGAUAUCAGCGCAUGUAUUCAUUGCACUGGGGAAAGGGAAAGUUCAGUGUCCCAGCGAUUUAAGGAGCCAGCUAUUCCACGGAUGGUUCAGCCCAAUGUUGAUGGAUUUCGGUUGGCUUCAAAGAUGCUCCAAAGGGCUAGAUAUGAGAAUGCUAGAGGAUAAUCUAGGGCAAGCACUUCUCACUCUUCCACUCCAGCAGCAACAGAGUUUAUUUGAAGAAUGGUUCCAAUGCUUCGCAUCCAGGGGCACUGAAUGCCCAAAUCUUAGUAGGGCUUUCCAGGUAUGGUGGAGAAGAUCAUUUGUUAGAUCAUCCGUAGAUUCACACCGUUGAGAGUUGAGUUCACUUGUUCUGCUGAUAUAUUUGUUGUGUGUAUCAAUGUAAAAUUAGAAUUCUUCUAUUAGCUUGUAGAAUAUUCAUCUUAAUAAAAUGUAGCCUAGUUAUUCCCGUCAUAUGCAACAAUACAAGCAUAAAAUUGGCUCAAAAAAAAACCUAGAAGAUACUCCAUAGCAAUUCGGAUAUCGUUUGCCUUGAAGAUGGCAUUUCUGUACAUGGUCUUA